AAAGAAAGAGAAAGAAGAAAGGAAGGAAGGAAGGAGAGGGACUACAAACCUGGCACUAGACUCGGCUUCAGAGGAUAAUCCAGGGCUGGAAGGGACCUGGAGAUCAUCUAGUCCAACCCUGCUCCAGCAGGACAUUGUUAGUGAGUUUCUUUUAAUCCCCCAGUCACAUAGCCAUGCCCACCCAGUCACAUGACAACCCCCACCAAGCCACACCCACAGAACCGGUAGGAAAGAAAUUCAGAUUUCACCCCUGCCUGGGACGCUGCAACAGUCGUAAACAUGAACCGGUUUGCCAAGCGACCACAUUUUGAUCUCCUGCUGCAACGUUUACAAAGUGUGAAAAAUGGUCACAGCAAGUCAUAUUUUUUUUUCAGUGCUGUUGUCACUUCAAAUAGUCACUAAAGAAGUGAUCGUAAGUCGAGGAUUUACCUGCAUUGUUCUGGGGCAGCGUUCCCCAAACCUGGCAAUUUUAAAAGUUGUGGACUUCCACUUGCAGAAUUCCUUCGCCAGCACGGGAGUUGGGAGUCCACACCUCUUAAACCCUGGUGGCUAGGGAAAUUCUGGGAGUUGAAAGUCCAUCAUGCAUCUUCAAGUGGGCAGAAUUGGGAGCAACUGCUCUGAAGAAGGGGUCUUUUGAGACGGAUCACGUCCCCUGGGCCUGUGCUUCAGGGAAGGUUCCCCAUGGAGAUAUCGGGUGAAUGCUCACCUCCUCUUGAAUCUCUCAGUUCUUCCCAGUUUAGCCCUAUUCUUGAUGAAUACAUCAUGCCAAGCUGUAAACGUGAAGGCUCUACAGCCUUCUGCCUAAAGGCCAAGUGCGUGUCGCGAUCCAGGGCCAAGUAGGUAGUAUGAAACUCAGUCUGUGUAAAAACAAACGAACUUUUAUCAGAACAGCUGAGAAUUACUUCAUUCUCAGCGUAGUCCAAACUAAAUUAAAGCAAAUUCCUCCCAACACAAAUUCCUCAGUCCUAUCACCAACCUUGGUCCAAUUAGGCAAACUGCCAAAAGCAUUUCUUGGCAAAAGUUCAGAAGACACCAAUACAACACAAAUGCAACAAGACAAAGCUAUCAACGUUGUUUUCCGGCAAAGAGCCCAACCACCAUUGCUGGUCUUUUAAACCUUAUGGAAGGGGCCAGUCAUCUCUUGGCCCUACUCCCGAGUCGUCCUCUUUGCUUGAGCUGUUCUUGCCUUCUGGCAGCUCUUCUCAUUCAUGCAUUAGGAACAGGCUCCUCCUGAUCCUCUGCCUCACUACUGUCAGCCUCUGGAGGCUCUGGAGUCUGCAUCUCACUCCCUGACGGUCCUGGUCUCACCUCUGCCUCCGAUGCAGAGUCCUCAUCCGGGCCUUCCCCAGCCUCCAGGACUGGCCCACACUGUUCCUUAGCUUCAUCGCUGUCUUACUCCGUUGCCAGCUCCGCAGGCUGCUGGCGGACCACAACAAAAAGAUGGGGGUGGUGGCAACAUGAUAUACGUUGUAACUUUUAAGACAUCAACCAGGCUGGGUGGGGACUUCUAGGAGUUCAAGUCCAUAAAUCUUAAAGGUUGGAUACCCGUGACCUAGAUUACAGCAUCACUGCCUUUUAGUCAUUUCCCAACCUUGUGGGCUGAGACGAGCAGACGAAACCCUCCAAAGACUUCCUAGCUGUUCUUCCCCCACUCCCCCACUCCCCUCCUCUUGCUUUAGGCCACCAGCUUCAUUUGCAGAAGGCUGACUUCCUCAAAAGCUGGUGAGAUAGCAGCACCCAUGUGUUCAGCCACCCAGGGCGGGUGCUUCGCGUAGCACGUCUUGUGGGUUUUGCUGAGGAACGCUCUCAAGAGCAUGGAGCUAGAUGCAACCAAGGACCUGCCAAGAAUGAAGGGUGACCCCACCAGGUUCUUCUGGGCUAUGAAAUGAAGUCUGAGACCAGACUAACAUCUGGAAAGGGAGCGAGCUGACUGACUUUGAACCACAAGAAAGCGAGAGAGAACUCUCUGUAUGUCGCAGAGGAUCCCACGCUGGGGAGGCGGAAGUUGUUGGCAAACGCAACGCGACUUUGCUUUUCUCAAGGAAGCUCAGACGUCAAUUGAACAAUCUCUCUUUCCAGGGCUCCUAAUCUGGAGCAGGAAAAAGGACCCAUUCUACGGACCCGCCGCGUGGAUGCAAACUGUACACCUGGAGCCGGGAUGUCUCUCAAAUUUCCUUGUCACUGGGAUUUCCAUCUGAAGAAGGAAAUAUCCAAACUAGUUCGCUCACAGAGCAUGAUGGCCGUUGAUGCGAAAGGCUCCAGCGCUUGUCUUCAGCCCCCCAACCCUCUGGAGCGCCCCUUGAAAACCGGCUGGCUGAAGAAGCAGCGGUCCAUCGUCAAGAACUGGCAGCAGAGGUACUUCGUGCUGAAGGGGCAACACCUGUAUUACUACAAGGAAGAGGACGAUCUGAAGCCCCAGGGUUCCUUACCACUUCACGGCUGCACCAUCAGAGAACUGGCUUCUGGGUCUGAUGAAGCUGGAAAAUUUAUCUUUGAAAUCAUUCCAGGAGUUUCAGGAGAGCCGACUCGAACUGGGCCCGACUCCUUUGUGCUGAUGGCGAAUUCUCAGGCUGACAUGGAUGAGUGGGUGAAGCUACUCCGAAGAGUGGUUGGCUCCCCAUUAGGAGUGGUCUUUGGACAACAGCUGGGGGACACCAUGAUGUAUGAACAGAAGUUUGGGCAGCAUCAGGUUCCUAUCUUGGUGGAGAAGUGUGCAGAAUUCAUCAGGAAGAAUGGCCUGAAUGAGGAAGGUGUUUUCCGACUGCCUGGCCAAGACAAUUUGGUGAAGAAACUGCGGGAUGCAUUUGAUGCCGGCGAAAGACCUUCAUUUGACCAAGAAACGGAUGUGCACACUGUGGCGUCUUUGUUUAAGCUUUACCUACGAGAACUUCCUGAGCCGGUCAUUCCUUGGAGCCAGUACGAGGAGUUUCUCUUGUGUGGUCAGCUUCUAACGUCUGACGAAGGCAAGGGUCACCCACAGCUAGUGAAGGAGCUGGCACGUUUACCCUCGGACAACUAUAACCUUCUGAGUUACAUCUGCCGGUUCCUGCAUGAAGUCCAGCAGAGCUCUGACACCAACAAGAUGAGUGUGGACAACCUGGCAACUGUGUUUGGUGUGAACAUUAUUCGGCCCCAGAUGGAAGAUCCAGUGACUAUUAUGAGAGGGACUCCCCAGAUUCAAAAAGUGAUGAUGACAAUGAUCAGUGACCACGAGAAGCUCUUCCCGGGGGCCAAAGACGCAAGGCCUUCUCCUCCUCCCUCCGAAAGCAGUUCCAUCAAAACUCCGGUGCUUCGGAGCUCUGUCGGUUGGGACGCUGUACAGAGGCCAUCCAUGACCUGGAGGGACAACAGGAGCCUGUUGCAAACUAAAGACGACCUCGAAGCUUCCAACUCCAAAUUAAGCGACGGUUUGGCUCCAUCGGCGGAAGAUGCAGGAGAACCUCCGUCUAGGGAGACCCAGGCCAUGCGAAAGCGAACUCAGACGCUUCCAAACAGGAAAUACAUUGAGAGUUUUUCUUCCAACAGGCGGAACCAAAACAUGGACAGAACUCACAUUUUCACUGGCAACUUUUGGUCAUCGUCAUCAUCAUCUUCAUCCAUGGUCCAGCCCAGUCCCAAUUCUCCCUCAGGAGGUCACAAAAGAACUUUGUCACAGGGAAUUUCCAAACUGUUUAGCUUCACACAACCCUCCGACUCUGGCAGCCUCUGCCGGGUAGAGCAGAGUCCCGCAAGUGAGGCCCACAAAAGUUCUUCGGGCCAACUAGGAGAAGAUUUUGGAACGUGUUUACAAGCGAAUGACCCUCCCGGGUCUACAGAAAACGGCACCACAAUUCUGGAGCUCCCGUUUGAGGAGGACAACGUAUAUCCAGAAGACCCUGAACUGCUUAGGAAGACGAUUGCGGAGCUGAAAGAGGAGAUGGCGGCGCAGAAAAAUAGCUACGAGGAGCAAAUGAGAAGCCUUGAGAAAGAAAACUUUGAAGUCUGGACCAAAGUGGUCAGGCUUAAGAAAGAGAUGGAAGAAGAAAAGACUAAAUCUGCAGAGCUGGAAUCUGAGCUCCAGAAUCUUAAACGUUCCGGGAAGGUCAACGAGGAGAACCAACACCACGAAGACUUGUUGAAGUCCGCCGGCCAGGUGCCUAUAAAGACAGAGUGUGCAGAGCAGCCGUGAUUCCUCACUGUCAAAGGACCUUUGUACUUAUACUCGUGUAAAUUCAAUACAGAACCCCUGGCGGGUUAUUGGAUUCCAUUCUCACAAGAUGGUUGAUUUUGGUGGCUCCGUGUACCGUAUAAUACUUUUUCAACUAAGACUUUUUAUUCCUGUCUGCGAAUGAUGAAAACAAAAUACAAAGGUGUCUUAAAUAAGUAAACUUGCCAUCUGCCUGUAUGUUUUUCUGUCCUGUUCUUUGCAUUCCACACGACGUCUGUUUCUGGCAGCGAGUGCAGAAUUCAGACCAGAAGUGGGUUUCAGUAGGUUCCGACCAGUUCUGGAGAACCGGCAGCGGAAAUUUUCAAUAGUUCGGAGAAUUGGCAAAUACCGCCUCUGACUGGCCCCGCCCCCAUCUAUUCUCUGCCUGCCGAGUCCCAGCUGAUCGGGAGGAAAUGGGGAUUUUGCAGUAACCUUCCCCUGGAUUGAGGAGGGAAUGGAGAUUUUACAGUAUCCUUCCUCUGCCAUGCCCACCAAGCCACGCCCACCAAGUCAUGCCACACCAUGCCCACUGAGCCACACUCACAGAACCGGUAGUAAAAAAAAUUGAAACGCACCACUGUGAUAGUCCCUGUGAUGGGGCUGGAUUAGAAGACCUCCAAGAUCCCUUCCAACUCUGUUGUUGUUGUUGUUGUUGUU